AUGUCGUUCAGAGAGAGGGUCCGCCGCCGGUUAAGGCGCCUUUUCCCCCAAGAAGAUCAUACAACUGUACAGCACGGGUUGACGUCAAAUGCACCCAGUGCCUCGACGGGCUUGCCCGAACGCCUCUGGGAUCGAGCAUACGACAAGUUGAAAAUCAGCGAUGCCGCGCUGAUUGAAGCAUACGAGAAGAUCUUGUCUCGCAAGCUUGGCGGUCAAGGAUUCGAUACGCAAGUCACUGCAUCCGAGCAGAACAUCAUUGCCCAGAAUGAUACGCACGCAAGGCGAAGUCAGAUGCGGCAGCUCAUCCAAGACGGUUUGGAUAAGACAGCUGGAGAGGCAAGAAUAAAACAAGCCAUGGGCGCAGCAUUUGCUCUCUCUGCAAAAGACAUGAUCAGCGCUGCGAUUCAGGCCGUGCCACAAGCAGCACUUGCUUGGACAGGUGUAUGCGUGGCGCUCGAGAUGCUUCAGAAUCCCAUAGCUGCAACGGAAGCUAACCGCAGCGGCAUCGAGUACGUGAUCAAGAGGAUGGACUGGUAUUGGAACCUAUCCAGCGCUGUCCUGAAAGAUAAUGCCAACGAGAGUGGCUUCUCUGGCGUCCGACAGGAAAUGGAGACUCGAGUCGUCGACCUCUACGCAAUGCUCCUCUCGUAUGAGAUAAAGAGCGUCUGUUCGUACUACCGCAACCGUGGUCUUGCGCUACUUCGCGAUAUUGUCAGCCUCGACGAUUGGAAUGGCGAUAUGACAGCUCUUCAAAAAGCCGAGCGAGCCUUCUAUGAUGAUGCCGAUGUAUAUGCCAACCUGAGGAUGGUCUCCAAUCUCGAUCAGCUUGUUAGUCACGCGGAGACGCAGUCUAGCGUCCAAUUGGCAAAGGAGGAUCAACAAUGCAUCAAAGACUUGCGCUUCACUGAUCCCUCAGAUGACAAGAAACGCAUAGAAACUACCAAAGGUGGUCUGUUGCAAGAGUCUUACAGAUGGAUCCUGAAUCGUCCGGAAUAUCAACAGUGGAGGGACUCUGGCGAAAAUCGACUGCUCUGGAUCAAAGGUGAUCCAGGCAAAGGAAAGACUAUGCUACUCUGCGGCAUCAUCGACGAACUGAAUCGACAACCAAGCGGCUUGGGCCUAGUCUCCUACUUCCUUUGUCAGGCCACCGACCAAGAACUCAACAAUGCCACUGCCGCUCUACGUGGACUCAUCUUUAUGCUUGUAAGGCAGCAGCCCUCGCUCAUCUCUCAUGUCCGGAAGAGGUACGACCAAGCCGGUGAGAAGCUGUUUGAAGGAGCAAACACCUGGUUCGCCCUCUCGGACAUUUUUACAAAAAUUCUUGAGGACCCAGCGCUGAAGGGCGCAUACUUGGUCGUCGACGCUCUUGAUGAGUGUGUGUCCGAGCAGCAAAAGCUAUUGGACCUUAUCGUGCGCGUCUCCGGCACCAAAGCUCGCGUAAAGUGGAUAGUGUCGAGUCGAAACUUGUCUCAUAUAGAGGAGCGCCUGCAACUUGCGAAGAAAAAGGUCAAACUAAGCCUGGAGCUCAAUGAAGAGUCUAUUGCCAACGCCGUGAAAAUCUACAUCGGGGAGAAGGUGCUAGAGCUAUCAAAUCGAAAGGGCUAUGACGAAAUCACUCGCAAGGGAGUUCGAGACUACCUCCUCGAGAACGCAAACGAUACGUUUCUCUGGGUAGCUUUGGUCUGUCAGAACCUUGAAAAAUACACGCGAUGGAAGGUUCUUGACAUGCUCGGCGUAUUUCCACCGGGCCUCGACUCUCUAUAUGAACGCAUGAUGGGGCAGGUGCUCGAGGGUGAUGAGAGCGAGGGCAACCUCUGCAAGCAAAUUCUCAUCGUCAUGAUGAGCGUCUAUCGUCCCAUUACUUUGCGAGAACUGGGCUCUCUUAUUGAAAUCGGUCAAGAGUUUUCAGAUAACGUCGACUAUCUGAGGCACAUUGUCUCGCUCUGCGGAUCUUUUCUCACUAUCCGUGAGGAUACCAUCUAUUUUGUCCACCAAUCCGCUAAAGAUUAUCUCUCCAAGAAUGAAGACGCCAUCUUCGCAUCCGCUGUAAAAGACGUACAUCGAACCAUGGUUUCCCUUUCGCUGCAGGCCAUGACCAAAAUUUUGAGAAAGAACAUAUAUGCAUUGCCUCAUGUUGGGCCUCUCUCUGACGACCGCAUUAACAUGCCAGAAACUGAUCCCCUAUCAGCCAUCAAAUAUUCCUGCGUACACUGGGUCGAUCACCUUUGUAAGGGGUCCGCGAUAGAGGCUUAUCUCGAAGAAAAAGGGGCCGUGUGUUCAUUCCUGCAUGAACAUUUACUUCAUUGGCUUGAGGCGGCUAUCGAAAUCGCUCCGCUCCAAGUCUAUUCAUCUGCGCUCGUCUGCAGUCCUACGCAGAGCCUCGUACGGAAAGCUUUCCAUCGAGAGAUACCAUCGUGGAUUCAACAUAGGCCUGUGGUCGAGGAUAAUUGGAGCCCCUGUUUACAGACGCUAGAGGGCCAUGCUAGUUUCGUUUGGUCAAUCGAUUACUCAGCAGAUCUCAUGCAGAUCGUCUCAGGAUCGUACGACAAGACAAUCAAAACCUGGGACAUUACCACGGGUGCAUGUCUCCAAACGUUCGAAGGACAUACCAAGUCAGUGGAGACCGUGGCUUUUACAGCAGACAGCCGGCGAAUCGUCUCGGGGUCCGAUGACCAAAGUAUCAAAAUAUGGGAUCUGACAACAGGCGCGUGCCAUCGGACACUUCGAGGCCACACAGGCUGGGUUAUGGAUAUAGCCUUGUUGGAAAAUGAUCAGAUUGCUUCUGCAUCGAGAGAUAGAAAUAUCAAGAUCUGGGAUAUGAAGACAGGCGCAUGCUUGCAGACGCUCAGAGGCCAUACUGGAUCAGUGGAGUCGGUGGCCCCGCUGACAAGUGGCCUAGUCGUGUCAGGAGGGACAGAUGAAACAAUCAAGAUCUGGGAUCUAGCUACGGGCUUGUGUAGCCAGACGCUCGAGGGCCACACUGGCGCAGUAUAUUCGCUUACCCCGUUGGCAAAUGGCCAGCUCCUCUCAGGGUCAAACGACGAUACAGUAAAGCUCUGGGAUGUUGCAUCCAGGGCCUUUUUGACAGAUGGCCGGGUUGUCUCAGGAUCAGAUGAUCGUACAGUCAAAUUCUGGGAUGUGGAUACGGGCGUGUGUGUCCGGACGUUUGAGGGCCAUGACGGCGCGGUUUUCUCAGUAGCCCCCUCAACAGACGGUCAGCGAAUCGCUUCGGGAUCAGUGGACAGGAUAGUCAAAAUCUGGGACACCACUACUGGUGAGUGUGUCCGUACCUUCGACGGACAUCGUGAUUGGGUGUGGGCUGUGGCCAUCUCUAUGGAUGGUCAGUGGGUGGCCUCGGUGUCAGCUGAUGGUUGUAUCAUGAUCUACAACGAAGCUUCGCACUCAUAUCGCACACUUGCAAACCACGCCGCCCGUAUCAGGUCAGUGGCCGUCUCACCAGAUGGCCUGUACGUCGUGUCGUUGGCUGUUGGCGGCAUGAUCAAGGUUUGGCAUAUGGCUACGGGAAAGUGUGUCCAGAUAUGCAAUGUUCAUGCUGGGUGGGAGACUCAGUUAUCAUUCGAUCCGACGAUGAAGUAUCGCAUUCAAGGCAACUCUGGCUGUUUUGAUCUGGAUUCGCAAUUGCUUGAAGCUACUCUUGCCAUGCUUCUCGAAAGACAAAGGCAUAGGGAAAGGCCGCCUACUCCCACAUUAUCACCUGUUACGAUCCGUGGCUACGGAUCCACUGUCGCGGUCUGUGUUGCCCAGACUCGUGUCGCUAUUUUCAAGUUUUCAGAGGCAGGGCCGGACUCAUAG